AAGAGGCGCUCAAGUUAAAAUCUGCCGCCCGCUGCUUCAACUGCGGUUCCUACACUCACGCCCUGCGGGACUGUCAGCGCCCAAGGGACCAUGCAGCUGUAGCAGCUGCCCGGGCAGAACACGCAGGGGGGAAGGGGCAGGGCGGGCAGGGUGGGAAGGGCGGGAACAGUGCUGCUGGGGAGGGAGGGGUGGGGAAGUCGAGGUAUUACGGGUUUGGAGGGGCAGGGGGUGGGAAGGGGAGAGGAGGAUCGAUGGAGGAGCGGUUUGAAGGGCUCGUGCCGGGCGUGCUGAGUGCGGAGCUGCGGGCUGCCAUGGGCAUAGGGGUGAGUGGUUCGGCAUGCGUGAGAUGGGAUCGUGACCCCCCUCCAUGGCUCAGGCGAAUGAGGGAGCUGGGCUACCCUCCUGGCUAUCUUGGCUAUCAAGAGGAGGAGAAGGCAGAGGUGAAAGGCCAGGAACCAGCAGCAGGAGCAGAGAAGGCUUCGAAGGAGGAGGGAGAGGACACUGAUAGCGAGGCAGGAGAAAUCCCAGCAGAGACCAACGCUGAAGGAAAACCAGUCAACGAGAAAGCUGCUGCUGCUGCUGCUGCUGUUGAAGAUUCGAAUGAGUUCAAGUCCCUUGCUCUUGUGCUGGACGAUGCUUCUGAGGAAGGUUCCCUUGAUGCUGAUGGUGGUGGUGAUGGGGAGGGGGGGCGUGGAACUACUCCUGAACCGGAACCUUUCCUUGUUCCUACUGUCGAGUUUCCGGGUCUGAAUGCCCCUCCUCCUGAGGGUCGGGAAGGGAUAGGAAUGGUGAGAAGGACAGGGAAGGGGAUAGAGACAGAAGAAGGGACAGGAGCAAGGAGAGGGGAAGGGACAGAAGCAGGGAGAGAGGCAGAGACAGAAGCAGGGAGAGGGGCAAAGACAGGAGCAGGGAGAGGGGCAGAGACAGGAGCAGAGAGAGAGGAAGGGACAGAAGCAGGGAGAGGCGGCAGGAGAGAAGCAGAGAGAGGAGAAGAGAGACGAGUAAGGAAAGGGGCAGAGACAGAAGCAAGGAGAGAGGAAGAGACAGGAGCAGGGACAGAAACAGAGACAGGAGUAAGGAGAGGAGCAAAGAUUGGAGCAGGGAGAGGAACAGAGACAGGAGCAGCGACAGAAAGAGGGACGCGGAUGAGAAGAGGAGGGAGGAGUGGAGCCCUAUUAGGCAUGAGGAUGACAGAGGUGCAUAUGAGGGAAGAGAGAGAAGCAGAGCUGGCGACACAGAUUCUGACCGGUGGCAGUUGGAUCGUGACAGGUGGCAUGUGGGCAGCAGCAGCUCCUACGGGGCUUAUCUGGACCAAUCCCGCUACGACACAUCAUCACGGCGACAUGAUGAUUCAGCCAAUGAUCGAUAUGGAGCUGGACACGUACCAAGACUACAAUCAAGGGUCAGCAGCAAGAGGAGCUAUCGCUGAAGCACCACCUUCAACCACCACUUAUUCCGGAGCAGCAGCAGCUUUCACCCAGACUCCAGGAUAUUCGCAAGUACCAUUGCAGUAUACGUACAGUCAUGGCCAGUCUGUGAUCUAUCCUCCUCAGCCCCCACCUCCUACCCAGCCCACUGCAAUUCCCGCUCCUAUGCCUUACCUCCCGCCAUCACAAACACUCUACCCGCCUGGAACAACCAACCAUCCUCCUCUUCCGCCUCUUCCUGCUGGCCCUCCCCCUCCCCUGCCUGACAGCUCUUCUUAUCCCCCGUUGCCUCCCGGACCUCCCCCUCCAUUAUACCCCUAUCCUGCAUCUUCUCCGCCUCCACCUCUCCCAGCAGCACCACCACCUUUCACUCCUCCCCCGCCUGCGUAUCCCCCUCCUCCCUCACCUGCAUUCUUGUCCCCACCUGCGGGAGAAGCUGUGACUCCCCCACCUUACCUGCCUUCAUAUCAAUGGUGA